ACUCUGAUAAUGUAUAAAUUCUCAGAAGAACCAUCAAAGCUCACACAUCAUCGCAUUGAAAUCUUGAUGCAAUAAUAUAAUUAUUAUCAGUUUAUUACAUCAAAAGAAAAAUAAAUGAAAGAAAGCAUAGUUUUAUACCCAGCCAUGGGAAGGGGUCACCUUGUUCCAAUGGUGGAACUCGCCAAGUUCAUAACCACCCACCACAACGCCACCAUCUCGGCCACCCUCCUCCUUCCUUCCCCACCAAACAGAUCCACCCUCCACUACAUCUCCACCGUCACCGCCGCCGCACCCUCCAUCACCUUCCACCAACUCUCCCACUCAAACCAUAACAUCCUUGGCACCCUCCAAUCCUUCCCCACGAAGCCCAAAGCCUUCAUCUUUGACUUCUUCAACCACUCUGCCGCAGCCACUGCCGCUUCUCUCAACAUCCCCACGUUCUAUUACUUCCCCAACGCCGCAAGCUGCGUCGCACUCUUCCUCUACCUCCCAACCAUCCACCAAAAUUCCAUAAAAAACGGUUAUUCUUACGUGGACAUGCUUAGUAGCAUUCCCGGUUUGCCACCUCUCUCGCCGGAGGACAUGCCGUCACCCAUAUCCGAUCGCCGCAGCCAGAGCUACGAGUCCUUCAUCACCAUGUCACUUCACAUGAGAAACACCAAUGGCAUCAUCAUCAACACCUUCGAAAAUCUCGAACCCAAAGCCAUCAUGGCUCUGAAAAAUUCUGCGUGCGUUCCAGAAUCAUCGGAAACUUCACCACCGGUUUUCUGCGUUGGACCACUGAUUUCCACCACCAAAGGAUCUGAUCCUGUUGAUGAUGAUGGUGGUAGAGAGUGUUUAAGUUGGCUGAACUCGCAACCGAGUCGAAGCGUGGUGUUCUUGAGCUUCGGAAGUUAUGGAAGAUUCUCGAAGGUUCAGAUGAGAGAGAUAGCGGUUGCGUUGGAGAGAUGUGGAAAGAGGUUCUUGUGGGUUGUGAGGGAUCCAAUGGGAAGUGAAGUGGUGAAUUUGGAAGCGUUGUUGCCGAAAGGGUUCUUAGAGAGAACGAAGGAUAAGGGAAUGGUGAUCAAGAAUUGGGUGCCGCAAGUUGAGGUACUGAGUCAUGACUCGGUGGGUGGGUUUGUGACUCACUGUGGAUGGAACUCGGUGAUGGAGGCGGUUACCUUUGGGGUCCCGAUGGUGGCGUGGCCGUUGUACGCGGAACAGAAUCUGAAUAAGGUGGUUAUUGUGGAGGAGAUGAAGGUGGCGCUGCCGUUGAAGGAGGAUGAGGGUGGGUUCGUGAGGGCGAGUGAGUUGGAGGAACGAGUUAAUGAGCUUAUGGAAUCGGAGACAGGGAGGGGAAAGGAGGUUAGAGAGAGGGUGUUGGCUGCCAGGAACGGUGGUGCCGCCGCUCUCGCUGGCGGUGGGUCUUCGCGGGUUGCUUUGGAUGGGUUGGUUCGUUUGUGGAAGCAAAAAGGAUCAUGUUGACUUAGUCAAAACUCAAAAGUCAAAUAGUUUAUCUGUAUUUUGAGUUUUUUGGUUUUUUUUUUUCCCUCAUUCAGUUGUAAAUCGUAGUUGAGUUCGGUUAUGUUGUCAACCUUGUUGAGAUCUGUAUUCAUACUAUCAUAGAUUCAUACUUUAAUAAUUAUUCAUUUUUUUUUUUGAUAAUGAAUAAUUAUUCAUCU